AUGAGAACAGUGCAACGUAAGCAUUACACUUUCACGAUUUUUCAGCUUGUAAACGAGCAUGAAGUGAAUGCGGCAGCAUUGUGUGUUAUUAAUGACGAGCAAACAGCGAUAUGUGCAUGUGCUUCGUUUGAUGGCCUAGUGACCGUCCUUGAUCCUCGAAAUUCGCUGCAGAAAAUCACUCAAAUGUCUUAUCAUCGCAGUGCCGUUUACGAUCUCGCUCAAUUGGUAACGCUCUUUUUUGUUGUGCCUGGCAGCAAUUAUCUCUAUUCGUCCGGUGCAGAUGGCAGGAUUGUACGUGUGGAUAAGCGUAUGUGGAAAACUGUGAGCGAAAUGCAACUGAGAACAUCAUACUCGCGGAGCUUAUCAUUGCUAGAAGGACAGCUCUCUUGUGGUACUGCCGACGGGAAAAUACUUUCUCUCGAUCCGGAGAGUUUGGAAAUCUUGAAUGUAUGA